AGGGAGGGGGGCGUGACGUCACUUCCACUAGGGAUGCGCUAUAUAAAGCACAGAUGCUGCAGUGCUCAGUAGGUCCCUUCGGCAAGAGAGAAGAAGAAGGAGAGAAGGAGCUGGGCUCUAAGCAAAGGAUUACAGACAGCACUUGGCCUCAGCAGACGCACAUCAGCCCUGACAAUGCUCUCGCUGGGAGUCAUCUCCAUAGCCCUGUGCGCAGUGCAAGUAAUAUCAUUUCCAUUAUCAGAGCCAGCCAAUGACAAGGAUACAAAGGUUAUGAAGUGUAUUGUAGAGAUUAUUUCACACUCGCUGUCCAAACCUAGCACUGCUACAAUCAGUCAAGAUUGCCUGGAGACCCUUAGAGGAGAUGACAGGAUCAUUUCCAUUCUCCGGCGCCAGAACCUCUUGAAAGAACUCCAGGAACUUGCAUCUGAAGGAGCAACAAAGAGGGAGCAGAAGAAAAAAAAGAACAGUGGCUAUGAAGAUGAACUUUCUGAAGUCCUUGAGAGGCAGAAUAACAAAGCUGUGCAUUCUGAAAAAUCUGACGAGGUCUCUGCUGAGGAUCAGAAGUCUCCAAGACCUGACCAGUCAGCAGAGAGUGAGGAGAGCAAGAGGCAAGUAGAAGAUGAUCGGGAGAGGAAGGCUGACUCACAACAGGAAGAGAACAGUCAAGAAGAUGAUGGAGCUGAAGAGCUGGGCAGCAAUGAGAUCCAUAAGAGGGAAGAGUCCCCUGGUGAUGAAGAAAUAGACAACCAUAUCACAGAUGAAAUCAAUGACCAAGAUAUACCUACAGAAAAGCAGGAAGACACCAGUGUUGCUCACUCUUCUGAGGAGGAAACUGCUAAAUUCAGACUGAGCCAGAAAGAUGCAGAGGAUAUGGCAUCAGAUGAGAAAAGGGACUUUGAGAAAGAAAAACCAAAGGAAGAUACAAAUGAAACAGAUGAAGAAGAGGAUGAGACCCAGAGAGAAGACAACUCUAUGAAGCCUAGUGAAUAUCAGGAUUUUGAUGCCACUAGAGAAAAUGAAAACAGUAAGGAAGGUGGACAUCCAGAUGAUGAAACCAUGCAAGGAGGUGGGAGUUCACACCAAAGAUCACCCAAGAGUGAAACGUCCUCUAAGGAAAUGGAAGACUCCAAACGAUGGAACAAAAUGGAUGAACUUGCAAAACAGUUAACAGCAAAGAAAUGGGCAGAAGAAAACACUAGUGAAGAAGAUCCUGAUCAGUCAAUGAAGAUACCACCCAUGGAAAAGAAAUAUAAUGUUGGGGGACCAGAGCCUGAUGAUAGACAGCCUUGGCAGCAGUCAGGAGAAGAAAGUAGUGAAAGUGAAUAUAACAUUGCAAAAAGGCCAGAGCUAGAAGGAAGAAAAGAGGAAGAAAGUUCUACCAGGAAUGCUGAGAUGCUUAGUGGUAAUGACAGAGAUACUCUAUCAACUAACAGCAUUUAAUCAGGACAAAGAUCUGGAUAGCAUUGCAGCCAUUGAAGCAGAGCUUGAGAAGGUUGCGCACAAACUCCAUGAAUUGCGAAGAUUCUAAGGACUCCGGUUCAACAAAUGUCACAUGGAAAAUGUACUAUUGCACCUUCUGUCUUUCUUUUCCACACUCCUUUGUGCCAGAGAGGUUGAAGAACAUGCUUCCGAGGCUGCUUGGGAGUUCAUCCUUCUCUCUAGCGAAUCUGCCCUUUAGCAAGGCCCCACUUCCAUGUCUUUACAUUGUGCUCUGCAGACUUUCUGCCCAUUUUCACCAAUAUCAUGAUUAAUGGAUGUAAUGUAUGUCACAUUUUUGGGCAAUGGGAUCUCGGCCAUUUACUUUUUAAAAAAAAAAAAAAAAAAUUAAUGUGUGCUUCGUUUUGGAAUUGAGAUGCUUUUUAGAAUUUGUUUCUUUUUGUUAAAAUAACAUAAUGCAAUAACUUAUCUUUUGAUUACGUUGGGGUAAAGGGAAAUAUUCUAUCUAAUCAACCAGUUUAAAACAGGGAAAUAAAAUGCAGGAUUUUUCCUUC